GACACAUCGAAGUAGACGGAACGCGCUUAUCUGUUCGCGGCUAUGGAGUCUCGAUAGGUGGACAGCUUUGUGCAGUAGAAGACUGAAAACGCAGAAGCGGAACAUUCCUUUCAGGCACCACUUUGGACCUCCGUGUUCCUGUUUAGGUCCUGCUGAAUCAAGCAUCCCUGUCUGUGGUGGUCCCCAGCCUGUCUCCUGGCCGUCUCCUCAGACGCUGGUCUGUCAUGGGGGCUCUGGGUAACAGUCGCCGAGGUGGAAGGACACCACCCCUCCUGAUAGGAGCUUUGAUUGCCUGCAUCAUUGUGCUGGGUUUCAACUACUGGGUGUCAAAUUCGCGGAAUGCGGAGCUUCAGACAAAGCUGUAUGAGCUGGAGGGGAUAGUGAGGCGUGCUGUAGCAGAGCGGGGUGCUGUUGAGAAGAAGAAGAAUGAGUUCCAGGAUGAGCUGCGGAGACAGGGAGAGCAGAUCACCCGCAUCGAGAACCAGCACAGCAGUCAGCUGGAGGAGGCCAGAGCAACCUGGAAGGAGGAGAAGGAGAAACUGCUUCUGAACAUCUCUUCCAGUACCAAGACUAUUUUGACCAUAAAAGGUCAGUUUAAUGAACUAUCUGAAAAUCUGGAGAAGAUACAGAAGAAACUUCAAGAUUGUGAGAAGACUGACAGCUCUCUCAAAAAAAGAAUAACUGAGGAGCAGGCACAAUGCAAAUCUCAGCUCCAGAGUGUGAAAGAUGAAUGUACUGCUAAGUUGGCUGCCACCAAACAGAAAGCAGAGCUCAUGACAAAGAACAACAACUCGCCUUUGCCAACCCAUUCACAGGAACCCCCCACGCCCCCAGAAGCUAAAGCCACAAAGGAAGAAGAUGCAAUGAAGAAGCCUGAACAGGGUAACCCUGAGAAGGGGUCUGCACAGAAGCAGAAAGAGGAGCGCAGCUCUGUGCAAGCACAGGGCCAGCCGCUGUCAGAGAACAUCAAACUGCAAGAGCUGGAAAACAAUGAGAUUAUUGAGGCCAAAGAGGUUGAAAUCCAGGCCCCAAACCCAGAGAAGGAUGCCAGUAAUUCAAAUGGUAGACCAGUAUCUGUGUCCAUAGAUGCCAAGGCAGUGGACAAGGGUGCUGUGGAACUUGGGAACAAAGCAGCCAACAGCACAGAGGGAAAUGAUCUGGAGGUGUUUGAUAUACAUGGGACAGAUUUCAAGGCUGAGGACACCGAGGAUGGCAGAGUCCAAGAGAAGGCAGUGAAGGAGGAGGACAUUGCGGAUUAUAACGGAGAUGAGCAGAACAUUGGCGAGUCUGAGGUGGACAAAGAGGUCCAGCUCACUGGGAAUGCAGGUAAAGAGGAGGACAAGGUACAACUGGAGGCAGAUGUAGAAGGGCCUGCAGACUAUAAUGGUGACGAGGAUAAUGAGGGCGAGUUUGAGGCAGACAAACAGAUGGAACUCUCAGAAAUGUGAAAGGACACAGCACAAACCGUUGUAAGCAGCUGCUGGUGACGGUGUGAUCUGAGAGGAGAGGAUCAGACACGGGGACCCUGUGAACUGAUUUAGGAGACAGGCUGUGUAAUGACGGGAUCGGCACCAUGAGCACACAGCAUUUGAUUAUGAAGGACCUGAGCUCCUAGUUGAACUCCAGGAAAAGGGUUUGAAUGUUACUAAAAGCAAAGUUAUUCUUGUUCUUCCAGCUGAAGUAUAACGCUAAUUAUUUUGCCUUAACUUUCUGGAUCGUCCAAAAUGAAUGUAUUUUUUCUUUUUUUUUAAACAGGGAUGUAGCAACAACUUUUUUUUGUUUUAAAAGACUGCUGUAAAACCCGAAGAUGAACUUGGUGUAUUGAGAAAUGCAGUUCUGAUGUUCUUACGAGGGACUGUCCUUU